UGCUUGGAAGAUAAGUUAAAGUUUGAAGCUCCUUUCAAGAAAGUUCUUAAGCGAAUGCUUGAUUUGCAGGGUGUGAUCUGAAACGGCUACAGAGGAUCAUCGCAUCUAAAAACGAUCUUCCCAUCGGAGGCCCUGUCAUGGUUCGGACCACCUCCAUGACAGCAGAUCAGGGGUAAAGGAGCUGACCUUUCAAUGCUGUGAGUCAGAUGAUGAUGGGGUGUGCACUUGUGUUUGUAGAAGGUCCAUGAUAGCCACAUGGGAUUUCCUGUCUCUCUUUGCUAAUAUUCUGCUCACAUUAUUAUUACCCCGUCCAGACGCCGCUGUCCUCCUCGUUCACACUCUCAGCAGGCACAUCUGUCCAGCGCACGUUCGCUCCAAUACACUUUCCUCUUGCACUCAGCAGGAACAUCUGUCCAUGGCAAAGUCCACACUGCGUACCGAACCUCUUCCACUCUUCAACUGUCUUGUGACCCUCUGGAUUCUUUGUCCACUUUUGAAAGUUUUCUUUGGAUUCCAAACGGUGAGAGAUGUGGUUUGUAAAAGUUUUCCGCAAACUGUUGGACAUUCAUUAUGACCCAAAGUCUUCAGCCGAUCAAUCUCUUGCUCUACGGAGAAGCGGUUGUUUAGAUCCCGUCCCGAGCUUGUCCCAUCCUUCUGCCAGCGUCGAUAGGAAGUGGGACGUUGAAGUUUAAAAAUGAGUCUGAAUGGCGAUGGAUCACCAUGCGCCGACAAUUACUCACUGACCUUUCAGAGGAAUCCUUGAAUGUCUUUUUCUUUUCCUUGAGUUACAGACUUGUAGCGAUUUUGCUUGGUUUGAUUACUUUUUUUGUUUGUUUAGUUUGUUUUAUCACCCUGUUUAAAACGAUUUCUCGUGGCGAACUCUCUAUGCAGCUCAUACGCUGAAGGGCAUUACGGCCCUCUCUAACCGAGGUCAUUGAUUUUUGCUGCUUGAUUUAUGGGGCCAAGGAAACUCCUCUGGAGAGCAGGUCCCAUGCCGACCAAUGAAAUGGCGUCGCCGGAGACGAUGUUGAACCUAGACUUUCAUCAAGCACUGAGGGUAAACAGUAUGGAUAGUGGCCCAUUGUGUUGUCCGAAGAUAAUUGGAAGCAUUCGAGACCUCGCCGAGUCAAAACUCUGAACAAUAAAACAGAUUCGGUGCCAAUGGUGCAACCGGUCCAUCUAACUGAUAAUCACACGAAACAGAGGUUACUAACCAACUAACCUGUUGAAAUCUUGAGAGAUGCACCUCAACCGUUUAGUAGCACACAGUCGUGCAACUGCAAGGUGGUCGAUUCCCAGAUUGGAGUUAAAUGAAUGAUUUGUUCUUGCAUCCUGUAGUGGCAGUGCAUCACUGGCAGGUCUAUACUAUUGGCAUACGUGUCGUUUAGUGGUUGCUCCGUUACCUUCAAAGCUCAUUCUCAGGGAUACGUGAAUAAACAUUUUCAAUAGCUUCAUUUUUCACGGUGCAGUGACCUAGAACAUCAACUUGACCAAAAAGGGGACUGUGUGAAUACAAAAGUUUGGGUUGCACAUCUAAAAGUUAAAAAACAAAACAAAUUUCAAUGAUAUGAUAAAAAUAUUCAAGAAGUAGUAAAAAAAAAAAAAUAGUAUUUAUGUAUGUAAUAGUAAUGUGUUUAUUUAAUUCUAUAAACAUGCGAUUAAAUAUUGUUUUAAAACUGAAAAGUAGUUUGUAAUAAUUACAUUUAAGUAAUUAAUACAUAUAAGAAUAUAAUUUGCCAUUUAUUUUGUGUAUGUUGGUGUAUGUAUUACACACACACACACAUAAUAUUGAGUACAAUUUCUGUUACCCAAAACGUUACAUUAUACUGUUUAUUAUGAUUAGAAUAUUGCAUUUAAUGCGUUUCGCUGAUUAAAUAUUGUUAAUAAGUAGUAACUUCAAAUAAGUAGUUUGAAAUAGAUUUCAUGGGUUUUUAACUUCAGAAAGUAGGCCUGUUUUCAUAUUUUAAAAAGGUAUUCAUCUCAAAUCAAUGUUCAUGAUCACCAGGUUCCCUCAGGAGUGUGAAAACUUGUCCCGUUAUAUUUCACGUGUUUUGAACAGUCUAGAUUUGUGUUAAAAUGCUGUUUUUGUGUCCGUGUCUUUCCUGUGUAGAUGUUUGAUGUGUGAUUUUGCGUUUUGGUGUGUUAUAAGACAGCGCUGGAUCUCCCUCCCUCUUUUUCUCUCGUGUCCUGCGCUGCGCUCACACUCACGCAGAGCGUCUCUGUUCUCCAGAUCUUCAUGACAUCCAGCUUUAUCCAGCUCAUACCGUCUUUUGUGCACAGAGGAAAGACUUUAAAAGCGAGGGAAAGGAUAUCAGUGUGUGUUCGAGGAUCUCAGGCAGCUUUUCUCGUCCAUCGGUGGAGUUUUUCCUUUGCGCGUCCACAUGUGGAGAGACGCUGAUGGUGAUGCGCUUCUGGAGAGCUGAUGCUGAUGCUGAAGCGGGGCUGUGAGUGAGCCAACAUCAGCAGAAAAGAAGUGAAAGGUGCCUCACCAACCUUCAAAAUUUCGCCCAAAAGCAGACAGGAGGAUCGGCCGGUGCUGACGCGACUCGUCGGCAGGAAGCGGCUGAUCGCGGCUGGGGUGCUCGGUGUGGUCAUGGUCCUGGUGCUGGUGAUCCUGAUCCCGGUUUUGGUUAGCUCUGCCGGGACAUCCGCAGCGCACUACGAGAUGCUCGGCACCUGCAGGAUGGUUUGCGAUCCUUACGGUACCAAAUCCCCGACCAGCACGGUCUCAGCAGACCCAGCCCGGGACAGCAGCCUUAUGCAGUCUUUACCAACUUUUAUACAAGGUCCGAAAGGUGAAGCGGGACGCCCGGGGAAAGUGGGGCCGAGGGGCCCUCCCGGUGAACCCGGACCCCCCGGACACCCUGGACCUCCCGGAGAGAAGGGGGAACCGGGACGACCUGGAUUACCCGGGCAGCCGGGACCAAACAUGGCAACCGGUGCCAUCAGCGCGGCCACCUACAGCACCGUGCCCAAAAUCGCCUUUUACGCAGGGCUCAAAAAGCAGCACGAGGGCUACGAGCUGCUGAAGUUUGACGACGUGGUCACGAAUCUCGGGAAUCAUUACGACCCAACCACGGGCAAAUUUACCUGCUCCAUACCGGGAAUAUACUUCUUUACCUACCAUGUGCUCAUGAGAGGAGGAGACGGAACCAGCAUGUGGGCUGAUCUGUGCAAGAACAACCAGGUCCGUGCCAGCGCCAUCGCCCAGGACGCAGAUCAAAACUACGACUACGCCAGCAACAGCGCUGUUCUUCAUCUGGAGCCCGGAGACGAAGUCUACAUCAAACUAGAUGGGGGUAAAGCCCACGGGGGCAACAACAACAAGUACAGCACCUUCUCUGGUUUUAUUAUAUACGCCGAUUAGGACAUACGCACCUACUCCAGACGGUCUCUUGUCCCCCUCUGCUAUUCCUCUUCUUUUUUCUUUUUGCAUAAUUUUCCUUUGGGCCCAGGGCAAGCAGACAGACCUGCUCAAACACCCCUCAUCAUUAGUCUGUAGAUGUGGGUUUGAAGGCAGAACUCUUUGCCCUGCAAUCCAAAAAUCAAGAAAGAACCAAAAAGAAAAAAAAGGCCCGGAGAAAGAAGCACUUCAUCACAGAGGAAAGAUGUACCGAGGAAACGAAGCUACCGUGGAGUUUACUGUGUGUCUUUCUAUGUCUGUGGCCAUCAAAGAAGCCUGUGAGAUGUUUUCUAAUAUGUAACCUGACAUAAUCAGCUAUAUGUGCAAUAACGUAAACUACGAUAUUUGUUAUUCAGAAACCAUCUCGGUCAGUCAGAUGCCUGAAUGAGUUGCAUAUCAUGAUGAGCCCAAAUCUCAUUGUAACCUGACCAAAAUGUUCCUCUUGCAUAAUGUAUAUCUGCUAAAUCUCUGCAGAUAUUUAUUCCCUGACUGUUCGUGAGUGCUAAUUAUGAAUUAGGGACAUAAAACAAAACAAUAAUGGCUUGCCGUGAAAUUAUAUUCCAGAAUCGCUAAAGCUUUCAGCAUUUUACUUUUAAUUUGCCGUGUCAAAAGUCCUUUUUUUCAGUGUGUAAUGUUAGCUGGCAUCUUUUAUUGCACACAGACGUACUAGACCGAGAAGGAAUAUGUUUCUUGUGAUAUUUAGAGCACUAUGCAGAGUAUGGGUGUUAAUAUGUAAAUGUGUAUCUAUCUUCAGAGAUUUCCAGAAUGUGAUUAAUAAUAUUGCAUCUUAUUUUUAGUGUAAAUAUGGUAAUGGAUUUCUUUUUUUGUUGUUGUUUUAAUAUGAAAGAGCAUCAGGUGAGCGUUAUGUAUCUGCGUCACUCUCAUCUCCAGGUUGGGAUGGCAGGGAAUGUGUGUGAUGAAUUAUUAUCCGAGGAUUAUUCUUCUGUUCCUGUCCUGCUGCUGUAAUUCUCAUUCACAUCUACAACCCUCCAAACACAUUUUCCAUUAAAUGGAAAUUUGAUCAGAUAUGUGCGUUUUAUGUAUCAGUUUCUAAAUGCAUGUUCAUUAGGGAAAACCGUUCUUGUACAGGCACUCUCAGAAAAAAGGUACCAAACUGCUUUCGAAACACCGCUUCGUGAAGCUUCAAAUCCUUUGCGAAUUGUUUCAAACCAGCGAUUAAGAAUGCCAAAGUCACGUGAUUUUAGUAAACGAGGCUUUGUUAUGUCAUAACUAUUUCUAAAUAUUUCAAAAUUUCAUUGAUUCGCCACUGUGAAGCCAUGAAUAGUGUCUACAUUGUUUUUACCUAAUUUAGGAUAGAUUUGUAGACAUUUUAAUGACACAUUUGUAUAACAAAAGAAAGAGUUGUAAUUAUAAGCCUCUUAUUGGUCUGAUUAACCAAGCUCUCCGUAAAACAAACAAAACAAAUGAAUAAAAUAACAUAUACAGACACUUAAUUUAAUAGGUUGCGCUUUCAAUAAAACAUUUGCACUUGGUCUGUAAAAGUUAGUUGCAGUUACACCGUUCCAUUAAGCAUAACCAAAGUCCCUUUCAAGAAAAGUCUGUUCACUUGGUGGCCAUAUUUGCAACGCCUCCGGGCAGCUCGAACAAUACCAAGUCCUAUCUAAAGGAAUGGGGGGAAUCCCGAAAUCUCAAAAACUGCUCGCUGAAGUCACAAUUAAAUGACAUUUCAAAUCAGCAACAAAAUCUGAAAUGAACUGCCCCAUGAAUGUUGUUUCUUAUCCUCAAAUAGCGUUAAAAAAGCUUAUUUUUCAGGCUAGACCAGCCAAUACACAUGCGUAGCUCCAACGCGCUUAUGACUGCGCAUGCACAUUGGAUGGUCUAGCCUCAAGUUUCUAUAGUGACGCAAUGACUUUACCAAUCAGCAAUUGGCUCUUUCAUGUAGAAGGCGGGACAAUUUCGCCAUAUUGCGCGUUGCAGUUUCUUCCAUUCAUAAGUACAGGAGUAAACUGUCUUUAUAUUUCUAUAGUCUUAGGCGUAACCAGCAUGUAGUGUUUUGAGCUUGUCAGAAAAGUGAUUUCAAUUAAUUCAAAAUUUCUCCCAUCACUACCAAGUCAUCACUG